AUGAAUCGCAGUAAAAGUGUGGGUCGAAGAGAUGCAAAGCCACGGGGUGAACGUCGACAAAACAAGGUUACUGUAGCUGUUCUGGGAGCUGAACGAGUUGGCAAAUCAGCAAUGGUCUCUCAGUUUCUUUGGCACAAGUUUGUGGAAGAUUAUCGUCCGACUGUCGAGGAAUUUAAUUGGAUUGAAUAUGAGAUUGAAGAAGGACGAGUUCUCAUGGUUCAGAUAAUUGAUUCAAGUGGGUCUCGUGAUUUUAUUGGAAUGAAAAACUUGUAUAUUGGAACAGCAGAUGCUUUUCUGGUGGUUUUUGCAUCUGAUGACGCAUCUUCUCUAGAUGAAGCGCUCACGACAGUCAACGAUAUACACGCAAGAAGAGGGAAAGAUGUUCCAAUACUUCUUGUCGCCAACAAAACAGACCAACCAUGUCUUUCUCGCCUAACCUCAAAAUCAGAUAUGAAAUGUUGUGCAUUGAAUGAAGAAGAAGUCAGAGCUUGCUUUCACGAAAUAUUACUCAGAACAAGACCCAAUUUAAAUAUUCAAGGGUUUGAAUUGAGAAAAAGACGACAAAAUAUCAUUGAACUUCUGGCAGAUGAAGUCUACUUUCAACCUUGCUACACUGUUGCUCGUAGAUCUGGAAGACGUUAUUUCACGGAUCGUUUAUGGGGAAUGAUGCAUGCAUUGAAUCAGUGUGACGUGGAAUCUACAGUACUCCUUCCGGCUGACCCUACCAACAAAAGACCGGAUGCUGUAUUUGAGAUGGAGUUCAUUCAAACCGCCACUUAUACCAGUUAUACUAAAAAGCUCCAUAAAAUUUCGAUGGAGAUGAAAGCAAGACAAACUGAUGCGAACUCUCCAUUCCGCAUU